GGACGGACGCAGCGGCUUGGAGGAGCAGGAUCAGCCGCGCAGAGAAGGAGGUGCCGCGGGGGUCGUUUCCUGCCAGGGGGCGGCUCUGGGCCGCCGAGUCUCCUCCUCCCGCCCCCAGGAGGAGGAGGAGCCGCAGCCGCCGCCGCCCGCCGCGCCCGAGACCCGGGAGGCCGCGCCAGCCCUCGGGAGAGACCCAGCGGGAGCCGCGGAGCAGCAGGCCCGAGCCGACCGCGCCGGGGCCUGGACGCCGCCUGGAGAAGAUGAAUUUACAACUGAUUUUCUGGAUUGGACUGAUCAGUUCAAUUUGCUGUGUGUUUGGCCAAGCAGAUGAAAAUAGAUGUUUAAAAGCAAAUGCCAAAUCCUGUGGAGAAUGUAUACAAGCAGGGCCAAAUUGUGGAUGGUGUGUAAAUUCAACAUUUUUACAAGAAGGAAUGCCUACGUCUGCGCGAUGCGAUGAUUUAGAAGCUUUGAAAAAGAAGGGUUGCCAUCCAGAUGACAUAGAAAAUCCCAGAGGCUCCAAAGAUGUAAAGAAAAAUAAAAAUGUAACGAACCGUAGUAAGGGAACGGCAGAGAAGCUCCAGCCAGAAGAUAUUACUCAAAUCCAGCCUCAGCAGUUGGUUUUGCAGUUGCGAUCAGGGGAGCCGCAGACAUUUACAUUAAAAUUCAAGAGAGCUGAAGACUAUCCUAUUGAUCUCUACUACCUUAUGGAUCUCUCCUACUCUAUGAAAGACGAUUUGGAGAAUGUCAAAAGUCUUGGAACAGAUCUGAUGAAUGAAAUGAGAAGGAUUACUUCAGAUUUCCGGAUUGGAUUUGGCUCAUUUGUGGAGAAGACCGUGAUGCCUUACAUUAGUACAACGCCAGCCAAGCUCAGGAACCCUUGCACAAGUGAACAAAACUGCACCAGCCCAUUUAGCUACAAAAAUGUGCUCAGUCUUACUGAUAAAGGGGAAGUAUUUAAUGAACUUGUUGGUAAACAGCGCAUAUCUGGAAAUUUGGAUUCUCCAGAAGGUGGCUUCGAUGCAAUCAUGCAAGUUGCAGUUUGCGGAUCAUUGAUUGGCUGGAGGAAUGUUACACGGCUGCUGGUGUUUUCCACGGAUGCUGGGUUUCACUUUGCUGGAGAUGGGAAACUUGGUGGCAUUGUUUUACCCAAUGAUGGACAGUGUCACCUGGAAAAUGAUGUGUACACAAUGAGCCAUUAUUAUGAUUAUCCUUCUAUUGCUCACCUUGUCCAGAAACUAAGUGAAAAUAACAUUCAGACAAUUUUUGCAGUUACUGAAGAAUUUCAGCCCGUUUACAAGGAACUGAAAAAUUUGAUCCCUAAGUCAGCAGUAGGAACUUUAUCUGCAAAUUCCAGCAAUGUAAUUCAGUUGAUUAUUGAUGCAUACAAUUCCCUUUCCUCAGAAGUGAUUUUGGAAAACAGCAAAUUGCCAGAAGGAGUAACAAUAAACUACAAAUCUUACUGCAAGAAUGGGGUGAAUGGAACAGGGGAAAAUGGAAGAAAAUGUUCCAAUAUUUCCAUUGGAGAUGAGGUUCAAUUUGAAAUUAGCAUAACUUCAAAUAAAUGUCCAAAUAAGAAUUCUGAAAUCAUUAAAAUUAAGCCUCUGGGCUUUACUGAAGAAGUGGAAAUUAUUCUUCAGUUCAUCUGUGAAUGUGAGUGCCAAAAUGAAGGCAUCCCUAGCAGUCCAAAGUGUCAUGAAGGAAAUGGAACGUUCGAGUGUGGAGCUUGCAGGUGCAACGAGGGACGUGUUGGUAGACAUUGUGAAUGUAGCACAGAUGAAGUUAACAGUGAAGAUAUGGAUGCUUACUGCAGGAAAGAAAACAGUUCAGAAAUCUGUAGUAACAAUGGAGAGUGUGUCUGUGGACAGUGUGUUUGUAGGAAGAGGGAUAAUACAAAUGAAAUUUAUUCUGGCAAAUUCUGCGAAUGUGAUAAUUUCAACUGUGAUAGAUCCAAUGGCUUAAUUUGUGGAGGAAAUGGCGUUUGCAAGUGUCGUGUAUGUGAAUGCAAUCCCAACUACACCGGCAGCGCCUGUGACUGUUCUUUGGAUACUACUUCAUGCAUGGCCACAAAUGGACAGAUCUGCAAUGGCAGGGGCAUCUGUGAGUGUGGCGCCUGUAAGUGUACAGAUCCGAAGUUUCAAGGGCCAACUUGUGAGAUGUGUCAGACCUGCCUUGGUGUCUGUGCUGAGCAUAAAGAAUGUGUUCAGUGCAGAGCCUUCAAUAAAGGAGAAAAGAAAGACACAUGCGCACAGGAAUGUUCACAUUUCAACAUUACCAAGGUUGAAAAUCGAGACAAAUUACCACAGCCAGGCCAGGUCGAUCCCCUGUCCCAUUGUAAAGAGAAAGAUGUUGAUGAUUGCUGGUUUUAUUUCACGUAUUCAGUGAAUGGGAACAAUGAGGCCAUUGUUCAUGUUGUAGAGACUCCAGAGUGCCCCACUGGUCCAGACAUCAUUCCAAUUGUAGCUGGUGUGGUUGCUGGAAUUGUUCUUAUUGGCCUUGCAUUGCUGCUUAUUUGGAAGCUUUUAAUGAUAAUUCAUGACAGAAGGGAAUUUGCCAAAUUUGAAAAGGAAAAGAUGAAUGCCAAAUGGGACACGCAAGAAAAUCCGAUUUACAAGAGUCCUAUUAAUAAUUUCAAGAAUCCAAACUAUGGACGUAAAGCUGGUCUCUAAGUUGCCGGUGAAAAUCCUAUUUAUAAGAGUGCCGUGACAACUGUUGUCAAUCCAAAAUAUGAGGGAAAAUGAGCACUACCCAUGCAAAUUUCACAGCACUGAAUGCAAAGUCGUAGUUUUCAUAGUCACAGUAAGGUAGAGCUAGGGCAGUGUCACCAUGGUUUUUCUCAUGUGCAGGUUUUGAAAAUGUACAAUAUGUAUAAUUUAAAUUUUUUUUUAUUAUUUUGAAAAUAAUGUAAUAAUGCCAGGGACUGACAAAAAAUUUGAGACAGGAUGGCUAUCCUUGUCAGCUAAGGUCACAUUGUGCCUUUUCGACCUUUUCCUCCUGGACUAUUGAAAUCAGGCUCUUACUGGAUGAAAUGAUAUUUCUAGAGCGAUUGAAAGAGAGUAAAGUAAUGAGUAUGAUGAGAGUUUCUGUUAAUCAAGUAUUAAAAUUGAUUUCUAGCUUUACAGACAUGUCAGGUUUUAGUUAUACAGAAUCCAAAGUAAAUAUCCUACUUAACUAGAAUUGUUUUAAAUUUGUAAUUUUGCUAUUUGCCUAUUAGACAAGACUGGAUGACAUGUGAGUAUGUUGGGAAUUACUGAUGUAAAAUACUUUUGGAAUAUUUGAUCUACAGAGGCCAUUGGAAAAAGUCACAAUUAGGAAGGGAAAACAUAGCUUUAAAACCUGUGUGCCAUUUUAAGAGUUACUUAAUCUUGGUAACUCUUACGCCUUCUCUUUAGAAAAUCAAGCCUUGGAUAAAAGUAUCGGGAAAUUUUCUGCAGAAAAGUCCUUAAUUUAGCAUUAUUUACAUAAAGGCCUUACUUUACAUAAUUGCCGAAUUGAGGACCUUUGGGUGAAUUUAUUCGUUUUAUUUUGUUUAAAGCCUGGUGCUUUUUUAUCACCUCUUCUAAUCAUUUAAUGUAUUUGUUUGCAAUUUGGGGUAAGACUUUUUUUUUUUUUUUUUAACCAAUACUUUUUCUUUGAUGUUCCAGCUGUAAAUUUGCCUUUUUAAUGAACAUGUGAAGUUGUCCUGUGACUUUCGCAACAGCUAUCACUUACGCACGUCUUACUUUCAGCGCUGUAACAGACCACUGUAUAGUUCCUUCUCACCAUUUGCCCGUGUUGUUUCAUGCGAUUCACGUUCUUGUGUUAAGUGCCUUUUAAUUUUAACAGUUCACUUUUUACAUGCUGUUUACUGAAGUUAUUUAUUAAAUAAAAAUGCCUAAAAUAUUUAAA